AGCAGAGCCAACAGCUGGAAGGUGGGAAAUAAUUCUGUCAGAAAUGAACUGUUUCCCUGAACUUAGCUGCCAGACCAUGUCUAACAAUCUUAGCAUCAAGGACUAAGAUACUUCACAAUAAUCAUUACCAUUUUGCACAGGAGGUGAGAUCAUCUGGACUCAUCUGUUUUUUGGACCUUUUAAUGCUACAUGAAAGGUGGCUCUCACUGCUGACAAGAGAUGGCAAACUUCUUAGUAUCCAUGGAAUUUUUGAAGCGAGUACCUUUACCCAGCAGUCUCUUGAUCCUCACCCAACUUCUCCUCUUCCUUCAGCUUGGGAAGGCAGACUCAGAGGUCAAAGUGGUAGGGCCUGGGGAGUCCAUGCUGGCCCUCGUUGGGGAAGAGGUGGAGUUCUCAUGCCACUUGUCUCAGUACAUGGAUGUGGAGCACAUGGAAAUCCUCUGGUUCCGGGGCCAGACCUCAGAUGUGGUGCAUCUGUACCAGGAUGGGCAGGAGCUCUUCGGAGGGCAGAUGGUGCAGUUCCAGAACAGGACCAAACUCCUUACAGACGAGAUGGCCAUUGGGAGUGUGAUCCUGCAGCUCCACAAUGUGGUGCCCUCUGACCAGGGUCCAUAUGGGUGUAGCUUCCUCUCCAGCAGCUUCUCUGGAGAAGCCAUCUGGGAGCUGGAGGUAGCAGGGCUGGGUUCAGACCCUCAUAUCUCCCUUGAGGGCUUCAAGGAAGGAGGCAUUCAGCUGAGAUGUAGCUCCAGUGGCUGGUACCCAAAGCCCCAGGCUCUGUGGAGAGGCCAUCAGGGACAGUGCUUGCCUCCAGAGACUGAAGCCAUCGUCCAGGAUGUGCAGGGCCUGUUCCAUCUGGAAACAUCUGUGGUUGUCCAAGGGAGAGCCCACAGGAAUGUGUCCUGCUCCAUCCAGAACCCCCUGCUGAUCCAGAAGAAAGAGUUUGUGGUCCAGAUAGCAGAUGAGUUCUUUCCCGGAGCGUCCCCUUGGAGGAGCGCGUUCCUGGGGACCCUGGCGGCCGCGCUGCUGCUGCUGCUCUUCCUGGCGGCCUUGGCGCGUCUGCAGCGGCGGCACAGAGAAAAGCUGAAGAAUCAGGCAGAGGAGGAGCAAGGAAGGCUGGCUUCGCAGCUACAGACAUUUCAGACCGAGCUGGACUGGAGAAGGGCUGAAGGCCAAGCUGAAUGGAAAGCAGCCCAACAAUAUGCAGUGAAUGUGACCUUGGAUCGGGCCACAGCCCACCCCAACCUUGAGAUCUCCGAGGAUGGCAAGAGUGUGUCCACCCGCCCAGGGCCACCUAGCCCAGUAGCCAGCGAUCCAUGGUUUUCUCAGCAUAAGUGUGUGCUGGGCCGGGAGCAAUUCUCCUCCGGCCGCCACUAUUGGGAGGUGCAUGUGGGUCGCCGCAGCUGCUGGUUCCUAGGCGUAUGCCUGGCAGCAGUGCCACACUCAGGGCCCGCAUGCCUCAGUCCAGCCAGUGGCUACUGGGUGCUGGGUCUGUGGAACUGCGAGUACUUCGCACUGGACCCGCACCGCGUGGCACUCACCCUGCGUGUGCCUCCCCGGCGCGUGGGCCUUCUCCUUGACUGUGAGGCGGGAACACUCUCUUUCUUCAACGUGUCCGAUGGCUCCCACAUCUUCACCUUCAGCGACAGCUUCUCUGGGGCUCUCUGUGCGUAUUUCAGGCCCAGAGCCCAGGAUGGCAGUGAACACCCGGAUCCCCUGACCAUAUGCUCAUUGCCAAUUAAAGACACAUGCACCCUGGAAGACAACAGUGACACCUGGUUACAGCCCUUGACGCUCUCGGAUCCCACCCAGGUCCUGUAGUGAGACCUCUCCUGGACCCAGGCCUGGGACCUGGGCAAGUUGUCAGACAUCUUGGCUAUCCUGCUGCUCAUGGAGGCAACAAAUGUGCUGACCAGAAUGUCACCAAAGCCUAAAGGCUCAGCCUAGCCAAAAGAGGACAGAGUACCUAUAUACAUGUAAUUUUUUUAAAGGGAAAGAGGCAAUUCCAAAGCCCACUCAUGUAUACUGUAGGAUACUGCACAUAAAUAAAAGUAUGUUGAUUGAUGUUGGGGGAAGCAGUGGGAAACGAGAAACAAAGGCAUUAGGAAAAGAGAGGAGAAACAUGGUUGGAUUAGAAGUAUUAGUUGAUUUGUAGUUUCAUGCUUUUUGUACAUAUCUACUAUCUGCAAAAGUUUAGAAGUCAUAGCACCUCACAAACAAUGAGUUCAUCAGUGGCUCAGAUCCUACUUUUAAAAACUAUUUCCUACUAAAAUGAAAUUGGAGAAAUGAUUCCUGAGCUGGGGCAUAGGAAGUAAAAGCCUGUACCAUCCUGUGCUACAAAACAAAACAAAACUGCUCAGAAACUAUCAGCAGAAAGUCUUAAGUUCAGGAGAUCUACUUUAAACCAUGGUGACUAUAGUUAAUGUGUUGUAAACUUCAAAAUCACUGAGAGUAGAGUUUAAAUGUGUUGCCACAAAAAAGUAUGAAGCAGUACAUACAUUUCUUAGCUUGAUUUAGCCAUUCCACAAUGACUGCCUAUAUCAAAACAUCAUGUACAUCACAAAUAUAUUUGUUCAUCAAUUAAAAUAAUAAAUGUAUGUAAGUGUUUUAAAAAUAAAAAUAUGU